CAGGAGGCCCAUGUCACAGCCCCCCUCCUUCCCGCAGCCUUCCAGCAGGCCCUGCCAGGAGCUCAGGGAGAAGCGAAGGCAGUGGGGGGAAGAGGGUGCUGAGAGGCCCAGGUCGCUGCAGAGCAGGAGUGUGCAGGAGGGUCCCCUGGAGUGUCGGGACGUGGUGGUGCAGAACGCCCUGUACACAGGGAACCUGGUAGAGGUGCAGCGGCAUUUCUCAGAGCGAUCCACAGUCAACCUGGUCAUCCACGCAAAGAGUCAGGACCUGCGAUGGACCAGUCAGAAAUGGGGGAUUUGGUCUCUGACCUACCAGCAGGAGCUCACGACACCGCUGCACAUCACGGCCAGCCGCGGCUACCUGGACUGCUUGCGCCAUCUGCUGCUGCGCGGGGCCGAGGUGGACCUGGCGCCGGGCGGACAGACGGCCCUGCACGCGGCUUGCGCAGCGGCCACCAUCGACUGCGUCCGGCUGCUGCUUUCCUUCGGCGCUGACUCCGGGGCCGUCUCAGAAGGCGGAUUUCAGCCGCUCCACCUCUGCCGGACCCCUGGCUCUUGCGACUGCGCUCGCCUGCUGCUGCGCCAUGGGGCCGUUGUGAACUGUGUGUCCGAGGAGGAAGAGGACACCCCGCUGCACGUGGCGGCUCGGCUGGGCUUGGUGGAGCACGUGUGCCUUUUCCUGCACCACGGGGCCGACCUGGAGGCCAAAAACGCCGAGGGACAAACCCCGCUGAUUGCUGCUUGCACCCUGGCGCACUCCGCCCAGGCCGCGGACGACUACUACGACGUGUGUCGGCAGCUGGUGGAGGCCGGUGCCCGAGUAAACGCCGCCGAUCGCGACCGCCAGCGCCCUCUCCACCAGGCCUGCAAGACCGCCAACCAUCGCGUGGUGGCGCUGCUCCUGGCCCGCGGGGCUAGCGUCAACAUCAUGAGCUACAGCGGCAGCACGGCUCUCCACAACGCCCUGCAAGUGGCGGCCUACCGCCUGGAGCACCAGCCGGAGCUGGCGGUGCGCCACCUGCUUAACCACAGCGCGGUGCGCGUCUGGCCCGGGGCUCUGCUCAAGGUGCUGCGCCACUGCUGUGCUUCGCCUCGCACUGUUGAGGUCCUGCUCAACUGCUACAUGCACGUGCCCGUCACGGAGGCGUGGCAGCAGGCUGUCCCAGAGGAGCUCGUGCGGCAGCACCCGCGGUUCUUCCAGUCCCUCUUCGCCCUAGGCCAGAGCCCCCGCGCCUUGCAGCAUCUGGCCCGUUGUGCUGUUCGCAGCUGCCUGGAAGGCCGUCUCCUCCAGGCCCUGCCUCGCCUGCAGCUGCCGCCCGCCUUGCAUCAAUUCGUGCUGCUUCGCUUCGAGGACGUGCUUUACUAGUCGCUCGGCCCUCCUCCUCAGCUCGGGAUGGGGGGAAGUGUGCGCCUCGAAUCCAACCCAAGCGAAGCGCCAGCACCCUCGCCCUUCACCCGCAGCCUGGCAGGCCCCGCGUGGUCCCACUUUCAUGGGGAACCCAGUGCACCUCCACUCUUCCGGCCGUUUCUCAGAGGGCCAAGGCAGAGGAAACUACCCUCGCGGCGCAGGGAGGCGGCAAGAGGGAAAAUCAAACGGGGAGUCCCCCAGCUCUCCCCUCACGGGGGUAAGCUCUCCAAGGCGAGCCUGGAGAAAGAUCCAUCGAACCUGCCGCGAGGGAGAUUGAAGGAUCCCCCCUGCCUGCUUUA